AUGGGAAACCUUAUCUUUCAUUUCUCCUUCAUGCUCUUCAUGCUUUAUCUCAUGCUUUGCCCAUCUUUAUGUCACUCCAAUUUUACUUGCGAUGAAUUGGCGCUUUUGGCUCUCAAAUCUUCUGUUAGGGAUCCUUACCAUCGCUUGGAAAACUGGUCCAGUUCCUCUUCCAUAUGCAAUUGGUCUGGGGUUACAUGUGAUUCCAAGCAUAAGAGAGUUAGAAUACUGAGUCUUGCUAAAAUGGACCUCAACGGCACCUUACCAUCGCAGAUUGGCGAUAUGUCCUUCCUAGUAAAACUUGAUCUCAACAGCAACAAUUUGUAUGGUAAGUUGCCAAAAGAGUUGUUUCAGUUGCAGAGGUUAGAAAUUCUGAACCUAAGCUAUAAUGCAUUCAGUGGAGAAAUCCCAAGUUGGAUGGGAAGCUUAUUUAAUCUUCAACAGUUGAUUCUUGGCAAUAAUAGUUUUGGAAGUAUCAUUCCUCCAAGUAUAUCCAAUUUGUCUAUGUUGGAGACCUUGGAUUUGAGCUCUAAUUCUCUCCAAGGAUCUAUUCCGUUUCAUAUUGGAAGGCUUCAGCAUCUCAAAACUUUGCGCCUUUCUGUGAACAAGCUUUCAGGAAUCAUACCUCCACCUAUUUCUAAUAUAUCCUCACUUGAGCUCAUCUCUCUGCCUGUCAACGUCCUACAAGGACCUAUUCCCAUAGAAAUGAAUAAGCUCACAAAGCUGAAAAUUAUAUACUUGGAAGAUAAUAAGUUGACUGGCCAAAUACCAAGAAGAGAUAUUCCCAAGGAAAUUAGCAAUAUUACAAAUGCUAACAAAAUAUACUUGGAUAACAAUCAAUUGUCUCGUCACAUACCAAAAGGCAUUGGAAAAUUGACUAUGCUUCAAGAGCUAUCUCUUGCCAACAAUAACUUUGAAGGAAAUAUUCCCAUUGAAAUUAGAAGCCUUACAAAUCUGAAAAUUAUAGACCUAUCAGUUAAUCAACUAUUUGGCCAUAUACCAAGAGGCAUUGGAAACUUGACUGUGCUUCAAGAUUUAAAUCUUGAAAUCAAUAAUUUGGAAGGUUCAAUAUCUAUGGAAAUAGGCAAUCUUCAACAACUUGAAACACAUUUGGAAACCCUAAUUCUCUCAAAGAAUCCAUUGCAAAUGAAACUUCCCAAGUCCAUUGGAAAUUUGUCUGAUUCUCUGCAGACACUGAUGAUUGACUUCUGCGGGAUUAAUGGUAGCAUACCAUUAGAAAUUGGGAACCUGUCUAACUUGGUUCAACUAUCUUUUGCUGGAAAUGUUUUAAAUGGAUUAAUUCCAACAACAAUUAGCAACUUACAGGAUCUUCAGUAUUUGAAUCUCGUGGGCAAUGAGCUAGAUGGCUUGAUUGUUGAUGAGCUUUGUGAUGUUAGAACAAUUGCAUACUUAUAUUUAUCUCAAAACAAAUUUUCUGGAGCAGUGCCUUCUUGCUUAGGAAAUCUUAUGUCCCUGCAGGAGCUUUAUUUGGGCUCCAAUAAGUUGAUCUCCGAAAUACCUUCUUCCUUUUGA